AAGAAAGACGAUAAAAAAGAAGAUCAAUAUCUUGAAGAUAUCAUAGAUAUUGAUGAAAAUACUGCAAAGGAUUUUGAAUUUCUACUAAAUGCUCCAGUUUCUGAAGAUGAUCACUUUGUUUUUAAAUCAGAAAAAAAUUGGAGUAUUGAUACAUCUAAAUACUCUGAAUUUUUUACAUUAGAUCUAAAAACAUUAUCUGCAGCAAUUGAAUCAAUUCCAUUUAAUAAAAAUGUUAAUAUUGAUGCAAAGUAUUUUACUGAUGACCAGUUGACGAACAUUUAUAAUAAUGCAAAACAAGGCAUAGAAAAAUAUAAUAAACUUUUAAGUAGUACAGAAAUAAAUGUUACUAGUGAUAUAAAAGAUGGGGAAGGAAGUCAGGAUUUAUUAGAGGACACAACUGAAGAUUUAGAUUUUUUAUUGUCACUUCAAGAACCUGUGAAUGAUCCUUCAGUGAUUUUGAAUUCUUUACCUAACUCCUUUAAUAUUGAUUCAAGAAUAACAACUAAAUCUAGUACAUCUACUAAACCUUUAGAUUUAGAAAAGUGGUUGGAUUCUGUAUUGGAUGAUUAA